AUCGACAACGGGUUCUUAAAGCUUUCUUACAGAGAGCUCUUCCAAGCUACUGGAGGAUUUUCUUCAACUAAUUUCAUAGGUUCUGGUAGUUUCGGCUCUGUAUACAAAGGGAUUAUCGGCCAAGAUGAAACCAUUGUGGCAGUCAAGGUACUCAACCUUCAAAAUCCAAGAGUUUACAAGAGCUUUAUGGCUGAAUGCAAAGCAUUAAGAAACAUUCGGCAUCAAAAUCUUGUCAAGAUUUUAACUUCCUGUUCAAGUCUUGAUUCAAAAGGAAAAGAUUUCAAAGCCCUUGUCUAUGAGUUCAUGGCAAAUGGGAGUCUAGAUGAUUGGUUGCAUCUGCCGAUGGAGGAACAUAAUCAUUCAAGGAAUUUAAGCCUUCUUCAAAGAUUAGACAUCGCAAUUGAUGUGGCUUCUGCAUUGGAUUACCUUCAUUGUCAUUGUUAUGCAACAAUUGUUCAUUGUGAUUUGAAGCCGAGCAAUAUUCUACUUGACAGUGACAUGACUGCACAUAUUAGUGAUUUUGGUUUGGCGAGACUACUUUUUGAACCUGACGACAAUUCAUCUGAGGCUCAAAGUAGUACCAUUGAGAUAAAAGGAUCUAUUGGCUAUGCUGCUCCAAGUAACAAAUAA